AUGUUAGUGGAUGAACAAGUUGCAAUCUUCUUGCACAUACUUGCUCACCAUAUGAAAAAUAGAGUUAUUCAGUUUGAAUUUGGGAGGUCAAGGAAAACCAUAAGUCGAUAUUUCAAUAUAGUUGCAAAAGCAGUUGUUCGCCUCCAAUAUGAGUUAUUUAAGAUACCAGAGCCAAUCCUUGAAGAUUCAACAGAUGAGAGAUGGAAGUGGUUCAAGGGCUGCCUUGGUGUAUUGGAUGGAACUCACAUAAAGGCUCAAGUGCCUGCACAAAUAAAGGGUAGGUAUCAAAAUAGAAAAGGAGACAUAACUACUAAUGUUCUUGGUGUGUGCUCUCCUAAUGGUGAAUUUAUAUUUGUUUUUCCGGGCUGGGAAGGGUCUAUAACUAAUAGCAGAGUCUUGAGAGAUGCAAUUAGUAGACCAAAUGGUUUUAAAGUUCCUCAAGGGAAUUAUUAUCUAGUUGAUGCGGGAUAUCCUGAAUCUCCACAAGAGUGUUUUAAUAUGCGACAUUCAUCUGCUAGGAAUGUCAUCGAAAGGGCAUUUGGGAUCUUGAAGAUGCGUUGGGCAAUAUUAAGGAGUCCUUCCUAUUAUCCCAUUCGAACCCAAAAUCGAUAUAUACUUGCUUGUUGCCUCUUGCAUAAUCUCAUUAUGCGAGACAAUGUAGACGACCCUAUUGAGGCUGAAUUUGAUGCAAUUGACUCACCAAAUCCCCAAAUGGGCAUCAAUCCCAUCUCAACCAUGGAACCAUCAAAUGCUUGGAGUGCUUUUCAGGAAAACAUGGCUAAUGAAAUGUUUAAUGCAUUUACAGCUCAUAGGACUAAUAGAUAA